AAGCAAAUAACAGUAAACCGCGGACCGGUAGCAGCAUGUUCAACGUGCUGAAGUCGGCGGCGGCCCCACUUGGCCAGCAUCUGAAGGGUCUCGUAACGGUGCGGCACUAUGGCAAACCGAACAAGAAGUACCUUUACAAGGAUGGCAUACUGAAGGACCAGAUCUACUACUAUCCGCGCGACAACAAUCGAGAAAUCCUUCAGCUCGACGGCGAGCCAUCAAAAUUGUUCAGCGUGCGGCGGUUAAAACCGAUCAAGGGCCUACCCUACUGGGAGAAGCGAAUAUUACGAGGCUUGGGACUGUAUGAGAAAAACGGUGUGGCGGUUGUGAAGAAUAUCCCGGAAAAUAACGCACGCCUGUGGAAGGUGAAGCACCUGGUUGAGGUUCUUCCGAUCACGUUCAAGCACGGGGAACCGACGGAGAACGAUAUCGAUGCCACCUUCCUCAAGGAAGAUGGUGAAUGUGUGGUCGUACGAAAGUUGGAAGAGAUCGAUACGAGCGUACACAAGCUGAAGGCAGCCGAAACGGUUCGCCACGCCAAACUUCGCAUGGACGGGGAAACGUUACGGAAGGACUCCCGGCUAAGGUGGCUCAAUCCGUGGUAGUGCCGCCCCGGAUGUGCCUAGCGGAUUGUAAUUAAGGAGUAAAUGAAAGAGAUCACCUUACACCCGAAAUGCAGUUUUUUGGAUAUUGUGGAAAAGAAAAUCGGUCCAGAAAGGCUCCAGCGGUCACAUUUAAAUAGUUCCACUGUUUAUUUUACUUUGCUGUUGCUUUCGGGCGCACAUUAUUGUUCCUGCGUUGCGAUAGGAAGGGUGGGCCGGGCGUGGAUAAUACAUGCUUCGUCCGUCCCGCUCUCCCGGUCGGCCAGUCCCUUCUCCAUCCCAAAACGCGCGGUUUAGUAAAUAUAGGUAGUAUACACGUUAGUAACAUUGAUAUAGAGUGUUCUGUUUCCGCUCCCGCUUCAUUCUACGUUGCCUAAAAUACUCGCUACAACACUUUGAUUAGUCAGAGAGCUAGCUAGCCUAGUUGUGUGGCCUGAACCCCGCGCGGAUCGAGAGCAGCAAUAGUUACGCUUAUUUGUCCUGGUUUCGGUUUGUCUGGUUGGCUGGCUGAUUGAUUGAUUUGUUAGAGGGCUAAAUGUUGUUCUCGUACAACUCCGGGUUGCUGUAGUUCUCCCGUUCGGG